CCUUCAUGAGCACAUGUGGACGUGAAUUGACUUUGCUGUCAAGAACGAAAACAUUGUAUGCCAGCGUCAUUAACAAACAAUUCAGAGGAUACGCCAGAAGGUAUAACAGGACUCCUGUUCAUGUCCUUACUGCAGAUGAGGAAAAACGUGAAUUCAUUGACAAAAAAGUGGCAUUUAGAGAUAGAAUUCGUGACUUCGAUAGACGGGAUCCAGUGCUUAGUAAUCUUACUCAGUCUAAAGACCUAGAUCGUUUGAAGUCACUCCCAAAAAUAAGAAAACCAGCAUUAGAUAUGGAUGUGUUUCAAGAUUGGGAGAACAAUCGAAAACCCAAGAGAUAUACAAAUGACAAAAAAGAAUUCAAUAAUCCAAAUAAUGCUGAACGGAGAAAUGACUCAAAGAGGAGUAGCUUUACAAAAGAUAAGGCCAUGCCUGAAUACGGAGAUAAAGUAAGAAAUGAAAAGGGACAAGCCAAGAAUAAAGAGAAUAAAAAAGAUAAACGAUCAGCCAACACAAGUGCCGCGAACAAACGACAACCAGUCGAACAACGAACAAUGUCUGGUGUGAAGUAUACGAUUCUUGGAUCAGAAGACAAGAAAGUUGGUAUCCUGUUGAGGACUGCAAGGUCGAAGAAGCUUCGUAAUAAUGACAGAAUUAUCCUACUAGAAGGGAGCACCUUGAUCAGUGAUGCUUUACAAGCUGGUGGAAAACCAAAAUCUAUCUAUUUUGCAAACUUUGAUGCAUUGAAAAGAUUGCCAAUAGAGCAUCUUCAGGAAGUUCCAGUAUACAAGUGUGAGGAACACCAUAUGAACCGUUGGUCGGACGUCGUCUCGACUGCUGAUGUCAUCGCAUUGUUUGAAAUGCCUGAAGAUGGCAAGGUGUUUUUAAAAUCCCAAACCACCAUACCGCUUACGAUUAUCCUGGACCAGAUACGAACUCCCGGGAACAUGGGCACCAUCAUUCGUUCAGCAGCAGCUGUGGGGUGUGAGAGGAUCAUUGCUAUGCAAAAUUGUGUUGACCUGUGGGACCCCAAGGUGACAAGGGCUGGAGCAGGCUGCCAUUUCCGAGUUCCAUUCCACCAAAAUGUCACCUGGAAAUAUGUUGAGAACUACAUUCCUGUAGGAGCCCGCAUUUAUCUGUCUGACAAACGAAGGCCAACUGAUAAAAGAGUGACAAAAUAUACCGAUCCCAUGGACAACGGCAGUAAUAUUGACUCGCUGGGAUACAAUCAAGAUGACUAUGAAAGUGACCCAGAAUCAGAUCUUAUUUUAAACACAAGUUUUAAUGACUCGCAAGUGUUGAAUGAGUAUCAACAUGCACCACUUCCGGUGAGUUAUUAUUCUGAAAUGGACUACUCCAGAAAUGACCACACAGUCUUGGUGAUAGGUGGAGAGACUCGUGGCAUCAGUCUGGAGGCUCGCAAACUAGCCUAUGACAUGUACGGACAGUGUGUCAUGAUACCAAUGACCAAUGGAGUUGAAAGCUUGAAUACAUCAGUGGCUGCAAGUGUGCUCAUGUUUGAGAUCUACAAACAACUUGGUAUGCAGACAAAUGAACAGGCAAAUGUGGCUGCGAGUGGAGAGGGAGUGACUGUUGAAUCUGUGAAUGAACCAACAGGUGUGUCAGCAAGUGGAGAGGGAGUGACUGUUGAAUCAGUGAAUGAACCAACAGGUGUGUCACCAAGUGGAGAUGGAGUGACUGUUGAAUCAGUGAAUGAACCAACAGGUGUGUCAGCGAGUGGAGAGGUUAUAAAAUCAGUGUCUGUACAAACAGGUGCGUCAACGGGUGGAGAUGGAGUCGCAGACACUGUUGAAUCUGUGAAUGAACCAACAGGUGCAUCAACAAGUGGAGAGGGUAUAAAGUCAGUGUCUGAACAAACAGGUGCGUCAACGGGUGGAGAGGGUGUUAAGAGCAAGCCCAAGUCAGCAAGUGAUGAGAGUAUGAAAUCAGCUCCUCAAGAAAAGGAGAAUCAAGGUGUCUUGAAAAACUUCUUAAAGUCAAUAUUUAAAUGAAAAAUUAUGAGCUGAAAAAAACUUCAAUCUGCUUCCAUAUAUACAAAUAGUAGGAGUGGCUAGCAGUGAAUUGUGAAUGUCUGAAUUUUUGUGCAUCAGUUUAAAAUUAUAUUUACCAUGAUGUAAUUAAUAUAUUCUUAUUCAAACUGUAACACAUUCAUUUUUAUCCCCUGCUUUCACUGAAACAGGGGAUAUUAAUUUAGGUCUGUCUGUCUGUCUGUCACGCUUCGAUUCCGUGCAAUAACUACAACAAAUAUUAACCGAUUUUGUUCAAAC